GAGAGAGAGAGAGAGAGAGAGAGAGAGAGAGAGAGAGAGAGAGUCUCCCUGUGGAACAUCGCCGCUGCUGGUCGGACAUUCUUCCCACCGCGGCCUGGCUAAGACACGUCCGCCGUGGGUACAACACUCGCCAGUUUUAGCCCGAAGUCGGACGCGGGGUGUCGGCCCUGCGCUUGGCCUCGCGCCGCGUGCUAGCAAGAAGUUAGCAUGGCGGAGAACCACAAGCUGGUGGCCGAGGAUAAGUCCACCAAGCCGGGCCUCGCCGAAGCUCUUGCUGCUGGAGGCUCCCAUUAAAAACAAUGUGAGGACGUGAGGAGCCCUCACCCUUGUGACGUCAUCAUCUGCGACUUCCGUCAACAACAGGUGGAAGUACAUCAGCCUGGCCCUGCUGGUGGUCCAGAACUCCAUGCUCAUACUCAGCAUCCGUUAUGUGCGCACGAUGCCGGGCGAGCGCUUCUUUGCCACGUCGGCUGUGGUUAUGGCGGAGGUCCUCAAGGUGCUGGCGUGUCUCCUCAUCAUCCUUCUGCAGGGGAGGCUCGAUGUGAAAAAGACGGCGGCGCUCCUGGUGGACGCCAUCUUUUUCCAGUACAGGGACACGUUGAAGUUGGCAGUUCCAUCCCUCAUCUACACGCUACAGAACAACUUGCAGUACGUCGCCAUCUCCAACCUGCCUGCCGCCACCUUCCAGGUGACGUACCAGUUGAAGAUCCUGACUACGGCGCUGUUCAGCGUGUUGAUGUUGAGGAAGAGUCUGACCAGAGUCCAGUGGUUGGCUCUGCUGCUGCUCUUUGUGGGCGUCGCCAUUGUGCAGGUGCAGCAGGACGGAAAUAGGGAGGCGGCGGACGCCGACCAGAACUACACCAUCGGCCUGAUCGCCGUGGUCAUCAGCUGUCUGUCGUCGGGGUUCGCCGGCGUCUACUUUGAGAGGAUCCUGAAGGGAAGCGCCCCGUCCGUCUGGGUCCGUAACGUACAGCUGGGCAUCUUCGGCAUGUCGCUGGGCAUGCUGGGACUGUGGUGGAACGACGGCGCCGCCGUGAGCCGGCGGGGCUUCCUGUCGGGCUACACGCCGAUGGUGUGGGGCGUCAUCCUCAACCAGGCGUUCGGCGGCCUCCUGGUGGCCGUGGUGGUCAAGUACGCCGACAACAUCCUCAAAGGCUUCGCCACGUCCCUCUCCAUCAUCAUCUCCACCGUCCUGUCCAUCUACCUCUUCGCCUUCAACGUGGACCUAAUGUUCGCCGCCGGGGCGGGGCUGGUCAUCAGCGCCGUUUACAUGUACAGCCUGCCCAAAGCUUCGCCACGCCCCAGCCUGUCAUCCGCCGCCACGCAGGAGUGCGCCGAUAUGGAGGCCUUUCCGACAAAGUGUGCCAGGAAGCAGAAAGGAUCUUGAGAGGAAGAGCACUCUCUGACGCCCCCUGCUGGUGCGGCACAAUAACAAGUGACGGCUCAACGGAUAGGAGGAGCUAAUUUCCCACGUUUUAUGUAAAACUUUUAAUGCAAAACUCAGGUUUUUUUUUUUUAUAUAUCCACGAGUUAUGUUGGGACGAAAUACAGUACUUGGCAAAUAAAGCCCGUUCCAAUCAAGGAGGAAAAGUAAGAACAGUUGUUAAUGUCCGUUAAUGCCGCCGUAGUCACUAUUUCCGGGAUUAUCCGUUUAAGGUCGCUACUAGGCACACAUUUGGUCAACACACACACACUUUAACAUUUGUUUUAGAUUGUCAAAAUCAAAUAAAAAAACAUGAAUGUACCCAGUGA